UGAAAAUAAAACUGUUCCUGUCUCUCUGGUGGUGUAGCUCACUUCCUGCGCUUUGACGCUGUUUAGCACUUUGAGUUCUGACUGACAUUGACACAGAUAUGGAUUUUUUUAUAACUGUGGCGACUUAUAAACUUAUUUUAAUGUGCAUCAUACAAGGAACAAAUGGCCUUAUGAUACAUCAUUACAUUUCGAGAAAUGCUAUGAAGGGAGAUAACAUCAGCCUGCCUUGCAUUGUGGAUGAGCAAGAAAAGGUCAACAUUAUACAGACAGAAUGGAUUAAACAGAAAAGCGGAACUGAUCAAAAGAUCGCAGUUUUUCAUCCUCAUUUCCCAAUACAAUAUCAUAAAAAUGGUUUUGUUGUGGAGGGAAUGAACAGUUCACAAACAGGGAAGCUACUGGGCUCUGUCUUGAAUCUGAUUCACGUAACACCGGAUGACAGCGGCAACUAUAUAUGUGAAAUGACUUCUUUUCCAUAUGGCUCGAUUAAGAGUAUUACAAAGGUGUAUGUCACAGAGCCUCCAGUAUCAUUAGAGAUGUCAAGUUCAUAUGAAUUUGUAAAAGAGGGAGACGAAGUAAAAAUGAGAUGUUCAGCUAGUCCUCGCCCACUCCGUUAUGUACUUCAAAGGUCAAAGGACGAAUCGUUUUUACUUGAAAGCUCGAGUGGAGAGUUCAAUUUACUCAACAUCACCAGAAACAACAGUGAUCUGUAUGUCUGUUUACCUAAAUGGAGGUCUUCAGAACAACAUCAGCAAGGUUCAAACGACACCAUAAGACUGAAUGUGAAUUUUCUUGACAGCAUUGAGUGCAACACAAGCAGCCCUUUAAGAGUCACUGUUGGUGAAGAUGUGGCGAUUUCUUGUGAGGCAAAAGCCUCUCAGCCAUUGCUGUAUCAGUGGAUAAAGGGUAACACAACGGUUGCUCGCUCUGACACUUUGUCUUUGAGUUCCGUGACUUCUGAUCAUUCAGGAACAUACAGACUGACAGCUGCUUUUCGCAACAAUCAACUCCAGACACACAUAGACCUUUCUAUCCAUGUUCUCCCAGUGAUAAGCGAAGAAUCCACAACUGAGACGACAUCAUCCACGACGAAAAGCUUCAGCACUUCAUAUCUCAAUCAAACCACCAAAUCCUUGAGUAACUUUACUUCUGAUUCAUGGAGCACUGAUUCUAGGGUGACAACAUCACAACCCGGUCACUUUCUAACAAGCACAGAACAACCAAAUGCUACAAUGACCACUGAUGACGGACACACCAGUGAUAAUAGUCCUUUCAAUGGCAGCUCUUUUGCUCCCCCUGUUGGCAAUGCAUCCACAUCACAUCCAUAUUUUUUAAACUCGACAAGCACCUCGUAUCUAAUCAAUUCGACAACUACAGAUCCAGCUACCACAAGCAGAACAGUUACCUCUGCGGACACCACAGUGACUGUGAUAAUAGAACAAGACUCAAAACGGGUAUCAUAUAUCGUUAUCCCAAUACUUUUGCUGUUGCUGGUGUUGAUUCUUCUACUGUACAGAAGACAUAUCACACAGAAAAAAAUGGAUAUGCCACCUCCAUUCAAGCCUCCUCCUCCACCAGUAAAGUACACAUCAGUGAGAGUCAAGGAUAUCCCCAUGACUGAUAUUUAAGUGGGACUCUUUGUGCAUUUUAGCCCCACCCACAGAUCACGGGCCAGAGUUACACUGACUGUUAUUAUACAAGUUUUCAAAUACUUUCAACAUGCAAAUAGAGAGAGAGUCAAAUGCAUUUAGUUGUGUUUAUAUGUAAUUAGUUUUUUGCACAUUUUUAAUUUUAGGUCUAUAUAAAAAUGUUAUUUUUAUAAUUCUUUUGUUUUUUCCAAUUGUACAAUUUUAUUAAAUUUAAUUCUGUGUUUAACAAA